AUGGAAUUUGAAUACGACGAUACACCGUUAUCAUAUUAUGCAUUUCUCGUAUGUGAAAUUCUAUCAAAUUUGGAUAGUCAAGUCGACUUAUUCUCUUGUAGCUUGGUGUCUCGUCUAUGGAACACUUGCGCCACUCCCCUUUUAUGGAAAGCACCAAUCUUGAAACGAUACUCAACUCUACAAAAGUUCAUAGCAACUCUAUAUCAAAAUAAAUAUAGCAGAACAACAUACUCGUAUGGUUGUUUAAUUCAAAAAUUAGAUUUAUCUCGAUUAGCGAACAAUAUACCGGCCGCGGAACUUGGUUUGAUCUCUGAAAGUUCUGCCGUAUUGAAAUAUUUGGAUUUUUCAAAUGUUACUGAAUUGCGCGAGGAAAGUUUGUGUCGAAUCGCGAUCAAAUGUACUCAAUUAAGAUCAAUUAAAUUAAUUAAUCUUCCGCAUAUAACUGAUCACUCGUUACAACAAUUAUUGCAACGAUGUCAAAAUUUAGAAUGUCUGGCGAUUGGUGAUUGUACUCGGUUAACGAAUGCGGGAUUAAUUGAAAUUGCGAAUCAUGCACAUUCUUUAACAACGUUAGAGAUUUAUUUGACAAAUACUCCAACAAAACAUACAUUUUCGCGUAUUAUAAAAAGCUGUCGAAAUCUCAAAAAUCUCCAUAUUUGGGAUUGUGUGGAAUUAGAUGAUGCUUCGGCACUCACGAUCGCAGAAAAUCUAGCAGAAACUUUGGAAUCUUUGAUUUUACAUAAUCCGCCAAAGCUUACGGAUACUUCAUUAACAGAGAUUGCAACAAAUUGUAAAAAUUUACGCCAUUUUGGACUUGAACCACACGGAGGAGUGACAAAUGCGACAUUGAUCGCAUUAGCAAACAAUGCACAUAAUUUAAAAUCAUUAAAACUAUCGCUUCGUGAUGCUUUAAAUAUUACAAAUGAUGGAUUCUUAGCAUUAGCAGAUCGAUUAGAUAAUCUCUCAAAUAUACAAAUUCAAGAAUCCCGAUCAAAAAACAUUACUGAUGUUUCACUGAGUAUGCUAGCGAUAAGAGGCGCGAGGACAUUAACAUCACUGCAUAUAUAUAACAGUUCCUUCUCUGAUUCUUUAUUGAGGGUGAUCGAGAGUAAUCAACCACCAAUUAAUGAUCUUUGUCUUUUCGGCCUAGCCAAUAUCACAGAUCAACCAUUGAUUGCUCUAUUACGAAGUAUUUCUGGAACGUUAACUUCCCUACAAAUAUCAUAUUGUGAUCAAAUUACCGAGGAUGUCUACGUUAAUGGAUUAGGUGUUUACGGUGGAAACUUGAAAAAAUUAAGUUUGUUUCCAUCUAACGAAAUUACUAUUGAUGGUCUGCGUGCCAUUUCAACUGGAUGCUCUGGAUUAAAGGAAUUUUAUUUGGCCAGCACAGAAGAUGCGCCUGCAUCGCUCAUUCCUGUCGUAAUAUCACGACUGCGUGAUCUCGAAGAACUUCGUAUUCGAAAUUGUCCGAAUAUGGAGGUUCAGCAUAUUCACACGAUACUAUGUGGAUGCCGUCGCCUAAAAGAAUUCUUUUUGGGACGAAGUCGUCAUGUAACACAAGAAUUUGUCGACGAAUAUAAUAUGGAGGGUAAAGGACGACCAUUAUUAGUGUUGGGGCCUUGA